AUGGGUGACAGAUCGCUGGUGGCCACGAUCGACGAUUUCGUGAACCCUGAAAAGGGUGAGGAGGCUCGCACGGAUGCCCUCAACACUCUGCUCAUCCCACUGCACCAGCUCGUGGAGAACAUGGCGGACUACUUGCCCUCCAAGGACGAGGUCAUCCGCGGCCGAGCUACGCUUCUGCUGUCCGAGAUCAUUGCGCGUCUGCCCGAACUCAAGCUGGACGAGGGGUCGCUGCACUUCCUCUCCGCCUUCUACGCUGACCGUCUGCAGGACUUUCCCUCCAUUUCCGAGGUGCUCAAGGGCAUUCUGGCGCUCUUGACCAACCACACGACCACCGACGAGGAUGUGGUCGCCAUCAUUCGAAGGCACAAUCUCCAUCACCCAACCCUCAGAGACAUCACCGCCGAAGUGGUGGACCAGGGCUACAUGGUGUCUCUGUCGCAGGCUGCGCGAAUGAAUCUGCUUCAGAUCUAUUCGAUCGUCUUGGACAAGUUCGAGGAUGCCGCCAAGUCGCUCAAGGCCGAUUUCGUCUUUUCCUUCGUACGCGUGCUCGAUGGCGAGCGUGACCCUCGCAAUUUGGUCAUCGGCUUCCAGACAUUCGUCAAGGUCGUUCACAGCAUCCCCGAGUUCGUCCGCUUCAGCGAGGAACUGUUCGAGGUGGUGUCUGUCUACUUCCCAGUGACGUUCACACCCAAGCCCAAUGACCCCUACGGCAUCACGAAAGAGGCACUGGUCCAGAGUCUUCGCGCGUGCUUUGCCGCGUCAUCGGAGCUCGCCCAGCACGUCAUUCCUUUUUUGUUGGACAAGGAGUCUUCCACCAUCAGUGAGACUAAGUUGGACGCCCUGGAGACGCUUUCGCUUUGCGCCCAGAGCUACGGAUCCCUCACGAUCUCCCGAUAUGUCGAAGACAUUUGGCCUGCCCUGCGCACUGAGGUGCUCACGUCAAAGGAAGCACGCGUUGUGGACCAGGCGCUGAAGACAGUGUCCGACCUUACCAAAGUCCUGGCGAGCGAUGUCGUUACAAUCACUUCCGGCGCGCGUGUUUCGUCCAACCUGCGAGAAUUUUUGGAGCCGCUGAUCAACCAGUGCUUGCACGAACUCCGAUCGCCCGACUCCAAGAUCGCCAUCUCCUGCGGCAAGAUCCUGCAGGCAGCUGCUUCGGCUUCGGUCCGUGCAUGUGUCGAGAUUCUGAAGGACACCUUCCCGAUCCUGCUGCGCCAGUUCUCGCUGGAGCAGCGUCCUUCGCACCGCCAGUCAUUGCUCGACCUCGUCCUCAACUUUGUCAUUGCAAGCAGCCAAUUCAGCGAGCUCACGGUGGAGGAUCACCCAUUGCGACCCUGGCGGGAUCAGCUCUUCACCACCUUCACCAGCACCUUCGUUGCCCAGAGCGUGCUCAGCACGGCCAAGUUCAAGAUCACGUCCAUCACCGGACUCCGUGGCCUCCUUUUGGCUGACCUGCUCGAUGCUAACCAGACUGAAGUGGUGCUUUUGCACUUCAGCAAGGCCGUUCUCGAGGACAAGGACGCAGUGGUCCGAUCGAACGCACUUCGGGCACUGGACGUGGUCGCGCAUCAGCCGGGCAAAGCUGGGCUUGUGGAGAAGUACACGCUGCCCGCCCUCCUCGAUGCCAUCACCAGCAUGACUACCCAGUCCGAUGUCGCCACUCUGCCUCAGCCUCGAGAAGCGAGCAAAGAAGUAACCCUGUGCAACACCACAGCCCGAGAAGAGAGCGAAGAGCACCGCGAGGACAGUGAAGGCAAGACCCUACCAUCGAUCCUGGGAGCGCUCACGGUCCUCGCCUCCGAGGCCUCGCUCUGCCGCGUGAUGGUGCCGAGGCUGCUCGCGAUCACCGAGUCGCAUUGGGCCGAGCUCAGGGAGGCGAGCCAGGACGGCAAGCCGCACUCCGUGCCUGCGCACGUGCUUGAGGCACUCUCGCGCGUUGUCGCUUCCGCCGCUGAGUCUCCGGCGAUCAUCCAGGAAUGGGCAGCCACCCACUGCCCUCGCGUGCUCAAGCUGCUCAUCAACGAGGCCUCCUCGCAGACCGCGACAACCCCCGAUUCUGCCGAUUUUCUGCAUGCUCUGGACUCGAGCGUGCGCCUGUUUGGCGCGGUGACCAGGGGACUCGAGGCUGGUACGGAGCGCGCCGCCUUCGUCGAUUCGGUGGCCGCUCUCUUCCUCAACGGCAAGGCCGACAAGUUCCCUCACGAGGUCGAGUCCUUCCGCCCCUUCGACGAGAAGGCCCCCACCGGGCAGAAGCUGCUGAUCAGAGUCUUUACCGCGGUGGUCGGCUCGGCCCACCGUGACACGCCCCUGGCCUCGGCGGACGAGGCGCUGGGCCGGCUGUACGCGUUCACCGAGACACGCGCCAUCGCCAACGCAGGCGAGGCGGCCAAGGCACAUGAACUGAUCGCGCUUUCUGCCUCUCAAGGAUUGGCUGCUGUGGUGAACAAACUGCCCGAAGAUUCAUCCGAGCUGAGCGAGUUCUUGGCGCAAGUGCUGCCCGAGCUUGGCCGCAAGGUCGGACCGGGCUCCUCCGCACCCUUCCAGGAAAAGACCGACGCUCUGCGCACGCUCACUUGGUUGGCCAAGGCGUUGGUGAUGCGCGGGCACGCCAAGGGCAAGGAGGUGGCCAACGAAUUGAUCGGACUUCUUUCGUCCACGGAAGAAGAGGGACACAAGAAGCUGUCGGUCUUGGCGGCGCAGUCCAUGGACGUCAUCAUCGGCGAUUCAGAGGACGUUCUCAACGUCCACACCAGCUCACGCAUUCGGGUGCUGUACAAGCAGCGCUUCUUCAGCGAAUUGCUGCCCACCCUGCUGCGCGGUUUCCACGAGGCCUCCGCGCCAUCCAAGCCUGCGCACCUGCUCGCCAUCUCCUACCUCCUCAAGCACAUCCCCAAGUCCGUGCUCCUUUCCGAGCUGCACACGGUGAUGCCGUUGAUUGUGCAGUCGAUCAAUGCAGACGACGAGGGCCUCAUCGCGUCGACCCUCCAAACGCUCUCCAUGCUCAUCAAGGAGGCGCCCAACAUGGUGAGUGAGCACGUGUCGGCCUUCGUUCCGGCGCUCCUGCGACUCACCACCUUCAGACCGAAGAUGGCCAUCCGCAUCGCUGCGCUGGACUGCCUGUCGUCGUUCAUCACGUUGCCCUUCUACAAGAUCUUCCCCUACCAGAAGAAGAUCGCGAAUGAGCUCUCGGCCGCGUUGGACGAUCCCAAGAGGGCCGUGCGCAAGGCCGCCGUCAAGUGCCGCAACCAAUGGCUCACCACUUGCCUCAUCGACCCAAGGUUUGGGCUGAAGACGGACAACACGGCCCUGCGGAAGCCCGCCGCCGCGCCCGAACCACACCGCGGCCACGACCACCACGGCCACGACCAUGACCACGCACACGGCCAUGGCCACAGCCACGCGCACUGA